UAUUAUUGUGUGCUUUCUCUUUCAGACGCUCAUUGGCUGCGUGCUCUAAAACCAAGAGGGCUAUACCAUUAAUAACAAGGAGGGGUUCCAACGUGUACUGUCCGCAGAGAACGUGUUUAACAACCACUCAGACCCAUUCAGCGUUUCGUAGCCAAAAUAAAAACGAAUAGAAUGUCACUGUUAUACUGAACAUUCCCGUGUUUUUCACCGCUCAUGCGAGCAGUAGAAGCGGUUUCGUGUUCCGUCUCCCCUCAGUGACCGCAGCUGGAGGUUGCGCUCAAAAUGGCUGGAGGAAAACAGUUAUGAAGAUCAGCCGUUUUGCAAGAUAUCUCCUCUGAUUAUGACCUCCGGAGCGGAGUGAAGACGAACCCUCCGGUCUCCCGGGGACUCGGGGGAGAGCUGAGAGGGAGGGACAGGCCCUGCACCCCCCCCCCCCGCGGCACCCUGGGGGCAGAGUGAAGGAGGAGGCUGAAACACCCAUUAGGGCACGGUGUCGCGGCGCUGGAGAAGCUCUACCGGGGCCCGGCGUUGGCUCGGGGUGUGUCUGAGCUCAGCAUGUCUUCUUCAGCCUGCGUGGAAAUGAGUGUCGCCGUAUCGUUUCCAUCGGUGGAGGUCUGCAGACCGUUCCGAAGGCAGGCGGCCACGCCCCUCACGGUCGACGCUGGGCCCAGUUGGUCGGUCCUUCAGGCAGCGGUUGAGACCAGAGCUUCAUGCCCGAUGAAGAGCCUCCAGUUCCGCAACAUCGCCCCCAAGGCCCCGGCGGCGGUGGUCUCCUGCCCCCCCCAGGCGCUGCUGCCGUGCCCCCCUCCCUCGGCCGUCCCCGACGCGGCCAGCAGCCCCUGCCCCAAGUCCAUCAUGGUGCCCGGCCAGAACUACGCCCUCAUGCAGAUCGCCGGUCAGGACGGGACCUUCUCCCUGGUGGCCCUGCCCCCCUCCGUCUCCCCCCAGACUCCCCAUCCCCAGCAGCAGCAGGCCCCGCCCGUCCAGAACAACCCCAAGUUACCCAUCCCUCGGUACCCGCCCAUGAGGAGCAAGGGCGCCUCGGAGAAGACCAAGCCGCCGCCGCCGCCGCCGCCGCCGCCCUCCCCCACGGCGAAGACCCUGCCCAAGGUCGCCAUGGCGACGCGGGCGCGGUCGACGGACGCCCCGCCUCCCGUCGUCAAGAGGAAGCUCCUGGAGUCCAAGGACUUCAGAGAGCCGCCGCCGCCGCCGCCGCCGCACAAGGAGCUCUCGGAGCAGGUCAUCCUGAUCGACCCCACCGCCUCCGAGAUCUCCGUCAGCCCCCUCCUCCCGGAGAACGCCGUCCUGUUCCCCGGACCGCCGCUGGAGCUGGACGUCCCGCCUCAACGCCCCCCACCCCCCGCCGCCGCCGCCGUCGCAGACGUUGUUCACAGCCUCCUCUACCCCCCCGCUCCCCCCGCCAACGUCUCCCACAGCAAAGCCCCGGAGGAGGUUAAGAAGGAGCCCAGACCCUGCCAGCCCCGGCCACCGGCCGCCGCCAGCAUCACGGUCCUCUCGCCCGCCAUCUUCAGCAAGGCGGUCCAGAUCAUCCCCUCGCCGCCCAAAGGCAAGCUGCCCAUCGCGCCGUACUCCAAGAUGAAGAGCGCCCUGGUCCCGGCGGCCAAGCUCAGCGCCGCAUCCCCGGAGACCAAGGCUCUCUGCGGACAGCUGGGUCUCUCCAGCACCUCUGAGACCGCAGCCCAGACCUCCUUCAAGACCGAACCCCUGGUGGUCAGCCCGCUGCCCACCCCUCUGAUCGGUGCCCAGCCCCGGACCCCCUUCCUGCCCGUCCUGGGCGCCCCGCACAAAGCCCCCGGCAAGAAGAGGGGCCGCAAGAGGAAGACCACGGAGGACGUGCUGACCUUCGAGGCGCGGCGGAAGAGGUCCCUGUCUUUCUUCCGCCGGAGGGUCCCGGAGAAGCCCCCGGCCGGCGCCUCGGCCACGGCCGCGGCCUCGCCGCCGAGCGAGGUGGACAUCACCAAGAAGUACCGCAGCAUCCGGCCCAAGCCCAUGCUCGUCAUGGAGACGGUGCCCCAGCUGCGCAGCCUGCCGCCGCCGGCCGUUACCUCAGAUUGCCUGGAGCAGGAUCUCCUACGAGGCAACCCCCUCCCCGGCCACACGCCCAGCACCCCCAACGGCCGGCCGCCGCCGCCGCCGCCGCCGCCGGCCCCCCUGGCCCUCCAGCUGAAGGGCGGAGCCCCCCACCAGAGGAUGUUCAUGGGCGGGCGACCGCUGCACCGCUGCCCGACCUGCAGCCGCUGCUUCCAGUUCAAGCACCACCUGCAGAGCCACAUGAACAGCCACACCAACAGCCGGCCCUACGUCUGCCCCUUCUGCCGCAAGGCCUACGCCCACUCGGGCAGCCUGAGCACGCACACCAAGCUGCACCACUCGGACUGCUGGCCGCUCAAGACGCUGCGCUGCGAGUUCUGCGACAAGGCCUUCGGCUACGUGGGCGUGUACUUCAGCCACCUGCGGGAGGUGCACAAGGUGGUGCUGACGGUGGAGCCCUCCAUCAGCCACCACGAGGACGACGUGGCCGUGGCGGGGGCCGCCUCCCUGGACCAAUCGGAGGACCCCGUGGACCCGGUGGAGCUGCAGAUCAAGUGCGGCCGCUGCCAGGCCACCACGCCCACCUUCGCCGGCAUGAAGCUGCACCUGCUGCAGGUGCACCGCGAGGAGACGCCGCCGCGGGCCCGCGACAGCCGCGGCGGGCGCGAGGCGGAGAACGAGCUGGUCAAGCACGCCGCCCACUACUGGCGGCAGUUCAACAAGAAGCGAGAGCUGGUCAAGUGCGGCCGCUGCGACCAGGAGUUCUUCUCCUUCUCCAAGCUCCGGCGGCACAUCCAGACCCACCGGCCCCCCCCGGCGGGGGGGGCCGGUGGGUCUGGAUGUGGCGCCGGCGCCGGCGCCGGGCCGGGCGUGCUGGCGGGGCCCGGGACGGCGUUCAACUGCGUGCUGUGCAGCGAGGUGCUGGAGACCCGGGAGGGGGUGCUGGAGCACUGGCGGAGUCGCCACCACUGCGAGCAGCCCGGCCUGCUCUGGAACGCCCUGCGCUGCUACCAGGGUCCCCCCCCCACCCCCCCGCGUCCCCCCGCCCCGGCCGGGGAGGAGCCGGAGGACAUGGACACGCCCGCCCCCAGCCCGCACUGA